AUGUACUCUGGAAAGAGUCACUCCAUAAUGUUCCACAUUGAAAAACUAAGAUAUGCGAAAAUUCCUUACAUGGUUUUCAAAGCUAAUAUUGAUAGAUUUAGCGAUGAAAUAGGUUCUAGAUAUAAAGACACUAAAGAAAAAGCUGUUUCUAUUGAUAUUAAGAAUCCAAAAGAUAUCUUUAAACAUAUAGAUCCUAAAAACGUAAAACUACCUUUCACUGUAAUCAUUGACGAAGCUCAGUUCUACUCUGAUGAAAUAUACGAUGUUGUUAAAGAAUUAGCUAAAGCUGGUAUUAGCGUAAUUAUUUCAGGAUUAGACCUAGAUGGUAAGAUGCAACCAUUUGGUCCUAUGCCAAAAUUAAUGGCUAUAGCUACUCAAGUAAUUAAAACUACUUCUGCAUGUACAAGAUGUCAAAAUAUAGCUACUAAAACAGCUGCAGCUAUCCAAAAAGAAGAAGUUAUUAGAGUUGGAGAAGAAGAUCAGUUCUUUCCU